AUGACCGCUAUUAUCGAUAUCGUCGGACGUCAAAUAUUCGACAGCCGUGGCAACCCGACCGUUGAAGUCGAUGUCUUUCUGGAAGACGGAUCUUUUGGACGCGCUGCGGUUCCCUCCGGUGCGUCGACCGGUGCGCAUGAAGCGGUAGAACUUCGCGAUGGCGGUGACCGCUACAUGGGCAAGGGCGUCCAGAAGGCUGUCGAUGCGGUGAACGGUGAGAUCUUCGAAACCGUCGGGGGUCUGGAAGCGGAAGACCAGCUGCAGAUCGAUCAGGCAAUGAUUGAUCUGGAUGGCACAAGCAACAAGGCCCGUAUCGGCGCCAACGCCAUCCUGGGUGUUUCGCUGGCCGUUGCAAGAGCUGCGGCACAGGCAUCGGGCCUGCCGCUUUAUCGCUAUGUCGGCGGCACGUCAGCCAGGACACUUCCGGUACCGAUGAUGAACAUCAUCAACGGUGGCGCCCAUGCGGACAAUCCGAUCGACUUCCAGGAAUUCAUGAUCAUGCCGGUGGGGGCUGAAUCGCUUUCCGAAGCCGUACGCAUGGGAACUGAGGUUUUUCACACCCUGAAAAAAGCCCUGAGUUCUGCCGGUCACAAUACCAAUGUUGGCGACGAGGGUGGAUUUGCCCCCAAUCUUGAAUCGACAGACGCGGCAAUCGGUUUCGUCAUGAAAGCGAUCGAGACUGCCGGUUACAAACCGGGCGAAGACAUGUACCUGGCUCUUGAUGCCGCAUCGACGGAGUUCUUCAAGGACGGGAAGUAUGUCCUUGAAGGUGAAGGCAGGUCACUGGCGCCUGAGGAAAUGGCUAAAUACCUUGGCGACCUUGUGUCCCGAUAUCCGAUCAUCUCCAUCGAGGAUGGUCUUGCCGAGGACGACUGGGACGGCUGGAAAGCAACCACCGACCUGAUCGGCAACAAAUGCCAGCUCGUCGGCGAUGAUCUCUUCGUGACCAACUCCGAACGUCUGCGCAAGGGCAUUGAUCUGGGCGUUGCCAACUCGAUCCUGAUCAAGGUCAACCAGAUCGGCACACUGUCGGAAACUCUGGACGCGGUGGAAACCGCUCACAAGGCUGCCUACACCGCCGUCAUGUCGCACCGCUCCGGUGAAACAGAAGAUUCGACCAUCUCCGAUCUUGCGGUUGCAACCAAUUGCGGACAGAUCAAGACAGGUUCCCUGGCACGUUCAGACAGGUUGGCAAAAUACAACCAGCUUAUCCGGAUCGAGGAAGAACUGGGUCCUCAGGCAAUCUAUGCCGGUCAGUCUAUCCUGAAAGGCUGA